AUGGGUUUGAUUAGAAGGGUGAUGAUUAUCAUGCAAGUGGUGCAAUUCGUGGGGUGCCAGCAUCAAUUUUCCAACAACGACAAAGAUUUCUUUAACGCCACCAUCAACUCAACUCAGCUCAACGAUCCCGCCGCUCUGAACGAGUUCACCGAGUUAGUUUACGGCCGACUCUCCACCGUCACCUCCGAUCUUAUUCACAGCGAUAUUGCUCAGGAUGCCACUUUCUGCGUUACAGACCCUUUGGAAACACCUGAAGGAGACUUGGCGCAGAGACUGUGUACAGCAGCAGAGCUGAAAUUCUACUUCACAAAUUUCAUCGCAAACACAAAAACAUCUUUCCUUAAACCCAACAGGAACUGCAAUUUGACGGCAUGGGUUUCGGGCUGCGAGCCCGGGUGGGCUUGUAGUGCGGGCUUGGGUCAACCCGUCGAUUUCAAAACUCACCAAGUACCGGCCCGAUCUUUCAAUUGCCAGCCGUGCUGCGAGGGUUUCUUCUGCCCGCAGGGCCUCACAUGCAUGAUACAAAUUAUUGACACUAAAAUAUUGAUUUGUUUUAACAUUUGUGAAGCUUGUCCGUUGGGUUCGUACUGCCCCAUGGCUACAUUCAAUGUCAGCACAGGAUUAUGCGACCCGUAUCUUUAUCAAUUACCCCCCGGAAAGGCAGAUCAUACUUGUGGAGGAGCUAAUAUUUGGGCAGAUGUAAGCAGAGGUGGUUCGAUGUUCUGUUCGGCUGGUUCGUUUUGUCCGACAAACACGAAACAAAUUCCUUGUACUACCGGGCAUUUCUGCCGCAAGGGAUCUACUGCUGAGACACGAUGUUUUAGAUUGACUACAUGUGAUUCCAACACGACGAGGCAGAAUAUAACUAAAUACGGCUUAAUGCUGAUUGCGACCCGUUCAUUUUCAUUUUCACGUCGAACCAUCGUCCUUCCAAACGAACAGAGUGAGGCUACAUCCGAGCGAAAGGAAGUCGAAGCUAUACAGAAGAAAACGGAAGAACACAGCGAAGCCGCCGAAAAUAAAGAUAAUAAUAAAAAAAUAAAGGCGAGGCAUCUUCGUGGAGACACGCAAAUAUUCAAGUACGCGUAUUCACAGCUCGAAAAGGAGAAAGCUCAACAGCAGCAUAAUGCAGAGCUGACGUUUUCGGAGGUGAUUACUAUGAUGAUUGAUGACGAGGCGAGGAAAAGGCCACCGAUCGAGAUUUCGUUUAAAUAUUUAACGGUAACUUUGAAGCAGAAAAAGAAGUGUCUCUUGAGAUCUGUUACAGGGGAAAUUAAACCGGGGAGAAUAACGGCUUUGAUGGGCCCCUCUGGCGCUGGAAAAACGACUCUGCUUUCGGCAUUGGCUGGAAAAACGGUCGGGUGUUUGAUAAGUGGAUUGAUUCUUAUAAACGGGAAAGUGGAGUCGGUUAGGUCGUAUAAGAAGAUUGUUGGAUUUGUACCGCAGGAUGAUGUCGUGCAUGGGAAUCUAACUGUCGAAGAGAAUAUUUGGUUCAGUGCCAAUUGCAGAUUGUCGGCAGAUUUACCAAAAGCAGACAAGGUACUUGUAGUGGAACGAGUCAUCGAAUCUUUAGGAUUGCAGCCAGUGAGAGACUCCUUAGUCGGAACUAUCGAAAAACGAGGAAUCUCCGGGGGACAAAGAAAACGUGUAAAUGUAGGACUCGAGCUUGUAAUGGAACCUUCUCUUCUAUUCUUAGACGAACCCACCUCUGGUUUGGACAGCUCAUCUUCUCAGCUCCUUCUUCGAGCGCUCAAACGUGAAGCUGUUGAGGGUGUCAAUAUUUGUAUGGUUGUCCACCAACCAAGCUAUGCACUGUUUCAAACGUUCGAUGAUUUAAUACUUCUAGCAAAGGGAGGUCUCACAGCCUACCAUGGUGAAGUGAGAGAUGUCGAAGAUUACUUUGCACAUCUCGGUAUUAAUGUUCCGGAACGUAUUAAUCCGCCCGAUUAUUUCAUUGAUGUUUUGGAAGGAAUGGUCAAACCGAGCACUAGCUCAGGUUUGACUUACGAGGAGCUUCCAUUGAGAUGGAUGCUCCAUAAGGGCUACCCUGUACCUGCGGAUAUGCAGAAGAGUGUUUCUGGUGUAGGUGAGCCCGAUUAUUCUGGAAAUCAAGAAAAUUACGCUGGCUCCGGUACUGAACAACAGCUCUCGUUUUUUGGGGAAUUUUGGCAAAAUUUGAAAUAUAAAGUGGAAGCUCAAUGUGACGUUUUGAAGAAUAAUUUCUUGAAGUCGAAGGAUUUGUCGGGGAGGAGAACUCCUUGGAUUUUAUUACAGUACAGGCACUUCUUAGGAAGGAUGGCUAAACAGAGGCUUAGAGAAGCGAGAAUCCAAGCAAUAGACUAUCUGAUAUUGCUUCUUGCUGGUGCUUGUUUGGGUCUUAUUACAAAAGCGAGCGACGAAAGUUUUGGUGGACCCGGUUAUACUUACACCAUUAUAGCUACUUCUUUGCUAUGCAAAAUUUCGGCUUUGAGGACGUUUUCAUUGGACAAGUUACAGUACCAGAGAGAACGCGCUUCGGGAAUAAGCAGCCUCGCUCAUUUUAUUGCGAAAGACACAAUCGACCAUUUUAGUACACUUAUUAAGCCUUUAGUGUAUCUAUCGAUGUUUUAUUUCUUUAGCAAUCCAAGAUCUCUCUUUCUGGACAACUACAUCGUACUUCUCUGUCUCGUAUAUUGCGUCACCGGUAUUGCUUACGCAUUGGCAAUAUUCCUCGAACCCGGUCCAUCUCAGCUGUGUUCGGUACUUCUACCGGUGGUUUUGACUCUUCUUUCGACACAGCCCACAAACAGUCAAGUUAUGAAGACUCUGACGCGUCUGUGUUAUCCGCGUUGGGCUUUGGAAGCGUUUAUAGUUUCGAACGCGAAAAGAUAUUACGGUGUAUGGCUAAUACAGCGGUGUGGUGCACUUAUGAGAACGGGGUACAAUCUGCAUGAAUGGUAUCGAUGUAUAUACCUUCUCGUGGGAGCCGGUGCAGCUUGUCGAAUCGUAGCUUUCAUCGGUAUGCUAACUUUAGGAAAGAAAUAUUAAGUAUAUAAACUUAUAAAAAAAACUAUAUAGUUAAAGUUUGUGAUUUUUGUACGAGGUCGAUCGAGCCACAACUAACAAAUUGUAAUGAAAUUAGAUUAGACGACAAAUAUAUACCCUAAUAGGGGCCUCGAGGGGCAUGUUUAUAUGAUUUGUAUAUAUACAUACAUACAAUUUUAUUUGAAUGAAUUGAUCUCGAAAGUAAAACUUGAUCCUUGAAUCCCAGAAGAAAUAUGAAUACCAAAAAGUUCGAUACAUGGAAAUACGAACGAGGUGUAAAUGUAAAAUCGGUUUAAUUUACAGACGAAUAUUU